UUCGGCGCAGGCGCAAUUCCCUCCAAGAUGGCGGCGGCGGCGGCGGCUGCACGAGCGGUUCCUGGGAGCUCGGGGUUCCGGGGCCUGCAGCGAACGCUGCCACUUGUAGUGAUUCUCGGGGCCACGGGCACUGGCAAGUCCACCCUGGCUCUGCAGCUGGGCCAGCGGCUCGGCGGCGAGAUCGUCAGCGCCGACUCCAUGCAGGUCUAUGAAGGGCUAGACAUCAUCACCAAUAAGGUUUCUGCCCAAGAGCAGAAGAUGUGCCAGCACCACAUGAUCAGCUUUGUGGAUCCCCUUGUGACCAGCUACACGGUGGUGGACUUCAAGAACAGAGCAACUGCACUGAUUGAAGAUAUUUUUGCUCGAGACAAAAUUCCUAUUGUUGUGGGAGGAACCAAUUAUUACAUUGAAUCUCUGCUCUGGAAAGUUCUUGUGAAUACCAAGCCCCAGGAGAUGGGCACCAGGAAAGGAGUUGACCGGAAAGUAGAGCUUGAGAAGGAGGAUGGCCAUGAACUCCAUAAACGGCUAAGCCAGGUGGACCCAGAAAUGGCUGCCAAACUACACCCACAUGACAAACGCAAAGUGGCCAGGAGCUUACAAGUGUUUGAAGAAACAGGAAUCUCUCACAGUGAAUUUCUUCAUCGUCAACAUGCAGAGGAAGGCGGUGGUCCACUGGGGGGCCCUCUCAAGUUCCCUAACCCAUGCAUCCUCUGGCUUCAUGCUGACCAGACAGUUCUAGAUGAACGCUUGGAUAAGAGAGUGGAUGACAUGCUUGCUGCUGGACUCUUGGAAGAACUGAGAGAUUUUCACAGACGCUAUAAUCUUAAGAACAUUUCAGAAAAUGGCCAGGACUAUCAACAUGGUAUCUUCCAAUCAAUUGGCUUCAAGGAAUUUCACGAGUACCUGAUCACUGAGGGAAAAUGCACACCAGAGACUAGUAACCAGCUUCUAAAGAAAGGGAUUGAGGCUCUGAAACAAGUCACCAAGAGAUAUGCCCGGAAGCAAAACCGAUGGGUUAAAAACCGAUUUUUGAGCAGACCUGGUCCCAGUGUCCCCCCAGUAUAUGGCUUAGAAGUGUCUGACGUUUCGAAGUGGGAGGAGUCUGUUCUGGAACCUGCUCUCAGUAUAGUGCAAAGUUUCAUCCAGGGUCACAAACCUACAGCCACUCCAAUGAAGAUGCCAUACAAUGAAACUGAGAACAAGAGAAGUUACCACAUGUGUGACCUUUGUGACCGGAUCAUCAUUGGGGACCGGGAAUGGGCAGCACACAUAAAGUCCAAAUCUCACUUGCACCUACUGAGGAAAAGAAGAAAGCUGGACUCAGGUGUUCUUCCUGCUGUCGAAAGCCAGAGUAGUUCUCCAGACUGUGACCCGGAACUUAAAGAGGGCAAGUCCCCAGGGCAUCGUGAUCAAGAGCUGAAGGCCAGGGUUUGAGAGACAUGCCUGGUGGCCUCUGCGGAGAAGUGGGGAUAGAGUCCAGGAGGGAGGGGAGUGUGGGUCCCACGCCUGGACUGAGGAAGGCUGGGGUCCCCGCACCCCCCCCCCCCAUCAUCUUUUACUCUGUGGUGUGGUCUGCACUGGAAACAGCAGGUCUUUCAGCUCCUUGUGUGGCUGUUGUGUCUGGUAAGGAUGUAGUUCAGGGUGGAAUUUUUUUUUUUCUUUGAACCUUAAAGGUUUUAUUUUAGAAAGAGGCACAGAUUGCACAUUUUCCACUUGAGGAUCUUUUUUAGUGGUGAAUACCAAGAUUCAGUACAUCCUUUAAAAGAGAGUUCUUGUCCCUGGUGCUAGCUAAAAAUAUCUCGCUUCCAGAUGCUUUUGUAAAUGACUGAAGUAUUGUAAGGCACAGUCAGGAGUUCUGGAUGUGAGAGAAUGGCAGAAAGGAGCAGCCCAGAGAUGAUUAGGCGAGCUGUCCCAGCUCUGAGUCCACAGAAGAGGGGGUCAGGCUGAGGUGGUUGUGACCUGGGUCUUGAAGACUGGAGAAGGAACCAGAGUCUGCGGAGCUGCUCCUCUGCAUAAUGGCUGUCACUGCUGUCUUUCUAGGGUGGAAAGCUAUACAUUCUUUUGAAAUGUAAAUAAAGAGGUUUGUAAAUCCCUCAGUUUAUACACAGCA